CAGAGCGCACGCAGUGGACAUGAAUGGCAACAAGGUGGAGAACCCCAUCGACCUGUAUAUCUACGUCAUCGACAUGAACGACAACCGUCCCGAGUUCAUCAACCAGGUCUACAACGGCUCCGUGGAUGAGGGUUCCAAGCCAGGCACCUAUGUGAUGACCAUCACGGCCAAUGACGCGGACGACCGCACCACGGCCAAUGGGAUGGUGCGGUACCGGAUCGUGACCCAGACCCCGCAGAGCCCGUCCCAGAACAUGUUCACCAUCAACAGCGAGACAGGGGACAUUGUGACCGUGGCAGCUGGCCUGGACCGAGAGGAUUUUUAGGAAAGCAAAACCAGGACCUUUCCAUAGCUCUCAAGAUUCUCCAGCUACACUGUCAGCAAGGGAAGAGGUUUCAUGGAGGGCGAUCCACGUAGUUUUGCUCCAGCUGAAUCUCGCGAUCACCAUCACCGACCGUGGUUAAUGCCAUCACGUUACUCAGUUUCAGGGGGAUCGUCCUGUAGCGACAGGACCAGCAUCUUCCCUUUGC